AUGAUGACAGAGUUUGCAUGGAAUCGAGCAUCUUCGCCUAAGAUCUACGCCCUAACAUGGAAUGGCCUGAUAGUGAUCGACGUAGAAGAAAAUAACAAAUGCAACGUAGUUCGCAUCGACUGGAACAAGUUUGGCGAAAAGGGACUGAAAGCUAUGUCUGCAUUUGCGAUAGCUGAUAAAUUGUUCGUCUUCGUAACAUCGUCAGAAAUGCUGAUUUACGGAAAAGAGAAAGUCAUACCGAUACCCAUAGCAUACCCGCCGCUUCGACAGAUUCUUGCAGUUAGUCAAAGCAGUCAGCCUUAUCCAGAUCGGUCUUGUUUCGCGCUACCAUCUUCUGCUGGUAUACAGUUCACCGUUGUGAACGAAGGCAAAACGGGAGCGUUUUUGGAAGUAUCAAAGCCGCCUCCUCCUAACACUUGUCUUAACAUCUCUUUGCCGCAAACACACUACGAAGUUUACUUCAAUCGCAAAAACUCUGACAAAGUAAAGCACAUUCGCAGUUAUACUGAAAAAAUACAUGUGGAAAAUGGCAUUCUCGAUAAAGAGACGGACUAUGAGGUCACUGUGGCAUGGCUGAAUAGAUAUUCGGAUGCUAGCGGUAUUUCGGACCCGAAAUCUUUCCGGACUGGAUUUGGUUAUCCAUCUGCUCCUCGUGCUCUACAGGCUGUAGCUGUAACACCGGAUACAGUUUACCUUUAUUGGAACUUACCAGAAACGCUAAAUGCCCCAAUUUCUGAAAUCAGAUACAAGAUUUCACAGCAAGCAUCAGGCCUCUCGUCUCCGUCUACUAUUGCUGUACAAGAGUACAUGGAUGGAAUUUUCUCGCCGACAACGUCAGAUUCGGCAUCAUGUCUGGCAACAUCAAUUCACAAAUCCCACUUGAACUCACAGUUCCUGGAAGACUCCGAAGCUGUCUCACAAGAGGUUUGUUCUGAGGAUGAUUGUGAUAUAUUCCUUUCCUACUUAGUGUAAGC